AUGCUGCCAUGUCGCCGGGAAACUUGGGGAUACCACGUCGUCCGCGCGCGCCCCUCCGAUGGCUUCUCCGCCGAGAUCCGGUUCCGCGGGAUGCGCCUCGGCCUCGGCAAUUUCAACACCGCCAAUGAGGCCGCCCAUGCAUAUGACGCGGCGGCGUGGCACCUCCGGUGGCCUCAUAGAACAUUGAAAUUCCCCAACGUGCCGGCGUGGGAUCCGACGCAGGAGCUCGCGCCUCUGCUAUGGCUUAGCACCGAUGAGGAUCGUCACGACAACCGGAGGCAGGAGCACCGUCUCGACAUCGCCGAGAUGGAUGAGGAAGCCAUGGUGCUGUGGCGCCAAUGCUUCCCGCAGGACAUCAUCAACAAGCGCGAGUUCUAUGUGCAAAGGAGGGCGGAGCGAGCCGCCUAUCCCGAGGACAAGCGUAGGCAAAAAGCGGACACUCAAUUCAACAUGAGGCUAGGAGCAGCGUCACCCUGGGAAUCCGAUGAUGAUCGGCUCCUUGCCAUGGCCAUGAGCCAUCGCUUGAAGUGA